AUGCUAGUGACUUCUUCGAGGGUGGAUGGGGCAAAUCCUUCCAGAAUCAAUGGAGGAAUGAAAGGGACGUAUUCAAACCACGGGCCAAGACGAUUCGAAAGAACAUUGAUGCGGGCUUCUGUGUCGAGGUUACGAUAUUGGGGUGGUAUUGGAGAUUACGAUGUCGGUGGGCGAAUGGUGAGAGGAAACUGGGAGGAGAGGAAUGGUGAAUGGAGGAAAGUGGGGAAAUCAACACCCCCUUAUAUCAUUUCAACUUUAGGAAACGCGAUGAAAACGCUUAUGUUUUUCCUUUUAUUUGUGAUGUCAAAUAUGGUUUUGAGCAGAAAGUUAUCCAAUGAUCACUUGUCUCGACACAGUGGUGGUGGCCAACUGGUGGAGCUGUCAUCAAGCUACUGUUUGAGUUGGAGGUUGGCCACCGAGACAAACAACUUACAUGGGUGGCGUACUGUCCCCAUUCAAUGUCUCCGGCAUGUUGAGGCAUACAUGAUUCGAGGGCAAUAUGAUUCUGAUGUGGAAUUGAUUGCAGAUGAAAUAAGGAAUUAUCUCGAUCAGCUUGUUUUAUCUGACGAUGGAAUGGAUGCAUGGAUCUUGGAUGUCGAUGAAACUUGUCUUUCAAAUCUCUAUUAUUAUGAAGGGAAGCGGUUUGGAGGAGAUCCAUACGACCCACAUGCAUUCAAGGAAUGGGCAUCGAUAGGAAUCUGCCCUGGGAUUCCAGCGAUUCUAGGAUUGUUUAGGAAUCUGGUGGAGAGUGGUUUUAAGGUGUUCUUGAUCAGCGGCAGAGAUGAAACGGCCUUUCGGCAAGUCACUGUUCAGAAUUUGCAUCUUCAAGGAUUUUUUGGCUUUCAACGCCUCAUUUUGAGGAGUGAAGCAUACAAAGGGCAAAGUGGUGUGGUUUACAAAUCAGAAAUGAGAAGGAAACUGGUGGAAGAAGGGUACAGGAUUUGGGGAAAUGUAGGUGACCAGUGGAGUGAUCUUCAUGGAGAAUUUGUUGGCAAUAGAACAUUUAAACUUCCAAAUCCCAUGUAUUUUGUACCAUAAUUAAAUACUAUAUAUAAUUUGGUAUGUUAGACAAAAUGAUUGGUUUGUUAAUCGAUGGUAAGUAGUACUGAUGGCAGAUAGAUUUCCAUUCGAGCAUAUAUGGUUUGACAAUCUUCGACUUUUUUAGAUGUAUUUUCAACAACCAUGGUUUAACUUGUUUUGAUCUAUAGGCCUGAGGGAGUAGAACAUGUCAUGUAAUAGUGUCACGUCAAAAACCACAAAAUAUUUGUCAUUUUUGCCACACAAAUGGUUGGUCAAUG